UGAGCUUCCAGCAGAGACUACUGUGUUGGUGACCACAACGGUUCCAGAUGAGGUCAUCUCUGAGAGUGUGAAGGAAGUUACUGCAGAAGCACCAUACGUUGUCAUGACAAUGGAGCUGGAUACUGAGAUCACUAAUGAGAUUGAGCAGGAGGCAGCUGCUUUGCCUACACAUCCUCUGGUUGAACAGAGGGUGGAGCUGGCUUUGUUACUGACUGGAGAACCAUGGAGUGAAGAGCUGUUCAACUCCACCAGCAGUGAGCAUCGCAGACUCACUCAGCAGAUCACAGAGAAGAUAUCCGCUGCUUUGGAGAAACUGACAGAAUUUAAGGGUGUGUCAGUAUUGAACAUCAGGCCACAGGUGGAUCCCUCAAGGUAAAUUACACUCGAUUGUUUCCAUGAAUGCAGGUUAGUGAGUGAGAGAAUGUAUUUUUUUGCAGUCUUUCCUUGAGUUAGUAUAAACAAGCAAUAAUCAUGUUUAUAGUCAUGCAAUUACAAUGGAAGUCUAAGGGGCAAGACAUUGUUUGUAUAUUAACAUUAAAAUACCCAAUGUUUCGAAAAUAUAGCCACAAGAAUUACAAUUGAUGAUGUGAGACUAUUGCAAAGUUAUCCAAUCUUUCAACUCAUGUCAUGAUCAUGUUCUGUCCCGUAGACUAAGUGUGGUUGUUGUUUUCUCUCUGCAGUGGUGAUAAGGCAGUACUGGUGGAAUAUGUUGUGUCCCUCCAGACCAACAGUGAAGUAAUCAGCAGUGAGACGCUGGACUUUAUUAAUCUUCAAUCCAACAUGGUAGAGGGCACCUUUAGUUACUCAGAGGGGCCCACAGUCCAGUACACCAUUAUUGACCUCCACCCUGACAUCACUGAGGCUCUGCAUGUGGAAACAUUUCCAGAGGAAACCCAUCCUGCCGAGGAGUCACCAGACCCUGACCACAAGGAUGACAUUUUAUCAGUAGAAAAACCAUCCGAGCUGCCUGGAGAAGUGGCAAAGGAGGCCUUUACAAUUAGUGACCAUUUGGAUCCUACAAUGUCAGAAGAGGAAGGUAUGGGAGAGCAGGAUGGCAUACAUUUAGAUGAGACCACACAACCGCUUAUAGACUAUCCCAGCGGCAGUUUCUCAGAGGACCUUCAAGACAAGGACUUGGUGUUACGGUUUUCCCCUAGCCAGACUCCUGCUGUGGAAGAUGAAGCGGCUGGUCCUGUUAUCGAUGCCAAGCAAGACAGUGACAUCACAAUGGAUGAACUUGACCCCGCCUCUGGAUUUGGUGUAAUCGAAGAAAAUUGGGUAACUGUCCUUCCUACUGAAGCUCAAGAGCCAGUUGGAGAUACAGAAGUUGAUGAAGAGUUUUUGGUUAAUGUAGAUAUGCCACAGAAAGAGGACUAUGAAUUCUCCACAAUUACAACAGUGGUUGAAGAGGACCAGAUCUUGCCUGAGGAAACCACAGAAUUAAUUACUGUUGAAGCUGGAGAAGAUGAAAACCUACAACGUGGUAGUGAUGCCCCUGCAAAGCCACCAGUCAAGGUGGCUGAGGCAGAAUCUACCCCACAACCUGAGGAAGACCUCAUAUUACCUGCAGAAGAAGAGAGGCAAAAGGAAGACAACAAGGAAGAAAUUGUUCUAACAGAAACACAAAAGGAUGAGGAAACUGAAGUUGCUGUGGUCACGAAGGAGAAAUCAGAGGAGGCUGGAGAAGAGGAAGAAUAUGUUGACAGUACCACAAUGACACAUGAGAACAAAGAUUUUGUACUAACGGAUGUUUCAGCUAUACAGUUUUCAAAGGAAGUUCUAAAACAGGAAGAGAUCCUAUUGGUCACCAUUGAACCAGCAAACCCAGUUUACUCAACACCGCUUUCACCUGAAAUAGAACCACCCUUCUCCCUCUUGACCAUGAAGACCCCAGAAGAGGUGGAGUUGGGGCAUAAUUUAAAUUCAGAGGUCAUGACUACAUCUCUGGAUGUGAUAGAUUACAGAGAGGAAGAGGGUAGUGGUGUCCCUAGUGUCAUUCAGGGCGAUGAAGUUUCCAGCAUUGCCUUGCCAACUAACCCUGGGCGGUCUUUGAUAGUGUUUUUCAGUCUUCGUGUAACUAACAUGAUUUUCUCUGAGGAUUUGUUCAAUAAGAGCUCUGCAGAGUACAAAGCCUUGGAGCAACGGUUCCUUGAACUGUUGGUGCCAUAUCUGCAGUCAAACCUCAGUCACUUUGAGAACCUGGAGAUCUUGAACUUCAGAAAUGGAAGUAUUGUGGUGAAUAACCGUAUGAAGUUUGGGAAGCCUGUUCCACGUGAAGUCAAUGCUGCUGUUUACCUCAUUCUUGAGGACUUCUGCAACACAGCUUACCAGACCAUGAACCUCGCCAUUGACAAAUAUUCUUUGGAUGUCGAAUCAGGGGAACAUGCAGACCCAUGCAAGUUUCAGGCAUGUAAUGAGUUUGCAGAAUGUACAGUGAACCGCUGGUCAGGUGAGGCUGAAUGUGUGUGUAAUGCUGGUUACUUCAGUGUGGACGGACUACCCUGCCAGAGCAUCUGUGACCUUAAGCAUGACUUCUGCCUGAAUGAUGGGAAAUGUGAUGUCAUUCCAGGCCAAGGAGCCAUCUGCAGAUGCCGUGUGGGGGAAAACUGGUGGUACAGAGGGGAACAUUGUGAAGAAUAUGUUUCUGAGCCACUCGUGGUUGGCAUUGCCAUAGCAUCUGUUGCUGGGUUCCUGCUGGUGGCAUCAGGAGUAAUCUUCUUCUUAGCAAGAACUCUGAGAGACCAGUAUGACAGGGAUGAGACGGAGGACCAAGUACGGGGAGAGGACAGGCCACCAUUUAUAGACACAGCCACUAAGUAUAACCCCAUGUUCGAGAGCGAUUUAACGACAGGCUACAGCCAUUACUACCAGCGGUACCCAGAGCCCCCAGUCCACAGCAGCGCCAGUGCUGAAGCAUCCACUGACUUCAGCAGUGAAGAGAUACGCCAUAUUUAUGAGAACAGCGAACUCACCAAGGAGGAGAUUCAAGAUCGCAUACGCAUCCUUGAACUCUACACGAGAGAUCGACAGUUUGCAGAUUUUUUGCAGCAGCAUCAAAUAACAAUGGAUAAUCGAAGAGAAAGUUCCUCAACAUAGGACAUAUGUCCAAUAUCCUGCUGGGUGCAUGACAUUGAAGAAACUUGCCUUGUCUUUUGGGAAAUGACCUCUCAGUGAUUCCUGAGCAAAAGCCUCUCUUUUUCCUCUUAGGAGACUAUAUUGCCAUCACAAAUAAAAAUGGUUAACUAUAGAUCUUUCUUAAAAUACGCUAUUUUGUUGCUUUUAUUAUUAUAUUUUCCCUACUGUUAAAGACCAUUUCACUUUUUUUCUUUAUUAGAACAAGAUCGCAGUCACAGACAAUGCCAUUGGUUAAAAUUUUUGUUAGUGCCUUAUUCUUAUAGCUGUGGUCCGUCUCUCAGCCAAACAAUCUUUGGUUUUCAGAGGAAAAGAUCCCUGAUGCAUUAUUCUUGAAAGUUACUUGAAUCAGACCAUCAAUGUUCUAUU